AAGCUUUUCAAUGUUCACGUGUGGGUGGACGGGAUGCAGUCAUUACAUUCACACUUAUUUUGUAACUCUGGCUUUUCCCGUCCAACAAACACCACAAUAUAUAUAUUUUUUAUAGGCUUCUUAAUUUUUCACCUUGCUCUAGUCUAGCCUAAUCAAUUUCGUAAAAACACGCCAGCCAGAGGAACUCCAGAAUUGUCAAAAACAUUAUUAAGUCCUUGGAUCUGCUUCCAUCCAGCACUGGUCUGUCUUAUUCUCUUCUGUAACCAUGAAACUCAUUAUUUCCUGUGUUCUCCUGGCAUUUUGGAGGGGAUUGGUCAGUGGGUCCCGCAGUCCUCUGAAUGACUUCCAGCGUUCUGAGGGAAGGGAGCUGGUUCCUACCUCCUGGAACUCUGCACGCGUGCUGAUACUGCCAGGGCUGACGCUGGAGGACUGUGCCAGACGCUGUUCACACACACUGGACUGCAGAGCCUUCAACUACGAGACGCGCCGCUCCAUCACCUGUAAACAGCUGCCAUGGGUGGAGGAUGGCAGCAACGCAGAGGUCAAGAGGAACGUCAACUGUGACCUGUAUGAGAAGAAGGUGUACGUAAGGAAGUGCAUUGUGGGUAAAGGAGAAGACUAUCGAGGCAAGGUGUUCACAACGAAAAAUGGCCAUACUUGUCAACAGUGGUGGUCUAAGUUCCCACACGAUCACAGAUGGACACCCACAGCCACUAAUGGUUUGGAGCUGAACUACUGCAGGAACCCAGAUAGGGACCGCAUCGGGCCGUGGUGCUACACCAAUGAUCCAGAACGGCGCUAUGAGAGCUGCAAUAUCCCCCACUGCAAAGAUGAGGUGUGUAUCACAUGUAACGGGGAAGACUACAGGGGCCAGGUUGACCACACAGUGAGUGGCAGAGAGUGUCAACGUUGGGACCAGCAGUACCCACAACAACACAUCUACCAGCCUGAGAAGUAUCCAGAUAAGAGCUUGGAUGAUAACUACUGCCGUAACCCAGACUCCUCCCCUGUUCCCUGGUGCUACACCACAGACCCUGAUAUGGAGAGAGAGAGUUGCCAGAUCAGCAAGUGCCCUGCGGUUCCAAAGAGACACCUCCGGUCCAGCUACACCACAAACUGUUUCCGUGGUCGCGGGGAGGAUUACCGCGGUAAAGUGAACGAGACGACCGGCGGUAUUGCCUGUCAGCGGUGGGACGCCCAGUACCCUCACGAGCACCCCUUCUACCCAAACACCUACGAAUGCAAGGGCUUGGAGGAGAACUACUGUCGUAACCCAGAUGGAUCCGAGGCUCCCUGGUGCUUCACGUCUGUGCCUGAGAUGAGGACGGCUCUCUGCUUGCAUAUCAAACGCUGUGCAGACGACAUCGAAGCUGAGGAUUGCUACCAUGAAAAUGGUAAAAACUACAGGGGUGUGGUCCGAAAGACGCGGAAGGGCGUCACCUGCCAGAAGUGGAGUGUCAACAUGCCUCACAAAACAAAGAUAAACCCAGGGACCCACCCUGAGGGCAACCUGACAGAGAACUACUGCCGGAACCCAGAUGGGGACCAGCACGGACCCUGGUGCUACACCACUGACCCCAAAACAGAGUUUGACUACUGCGCCAUCAAGCAGUGCGCUGGGGAGAAAGUGUCCAUCAUUGAGCCAGCCGAGAAAGUGGAGUUUAAUGAGUGUGGGAAGAGAGAUGAUCGUUUCGUCAAGAGCAUACUCCGUAUUGUUGGUGGGCAUCCUGGAAACUCUCCCUGGACAGUCAGCCUCAGAGACAGGAAAGGAAACCAUUUCUGUGGAGGCUCCCUGGUUAGCUCCAAAUGGGUGAUCAGCACUAAGCAGUGUUUCUCCUCUUGUUAUGUGGACCUUCCAGGGUACUCCGCCAUGAUGGGGACAUUGUUCCGCAACCCCAGUGAAGGAGAGCCCGACCGACAGACUAUCCCUCUCACCAAGAUCGUCUGUGGACCCUCAGAGUCCCAGCUGGUCAUGCUACAACUGGAAUACUCAGCCCAGUUUAACGAGCGUGUGUCUCAGAUCUGCCUGCCUCCUGAACGCUACAUAGUUCAAAACGGAACCUACUGCGAGAUCGCAGGCUGGGGGGAAACUAAAGGCACUUCUACAGAUGACUCCGUGCUCAAUGUGGCUCAAAUACCAGUUAUAAGCAACAAGGACUGUAACAAAUACUUUCGGGGUCGUGUUCGGGAGAACGAGAUGUGCACCAACUCCUUCCAGGGUGGGGUGGGUGCCUGUGAGAGAGACUACGGGGGUCCUCUGGCCUGUCAGAACAGUGACUGCUGGGUGCUGGAGGGAGUGAUCAUCCCCAUGAGGCGCUGUGGACACCCAGGCCAGCCCAGCAUCUUCAUCCGCGUCUCUGUCUAUGUGGACUGGAUUAAGAAGGUCAUGGAGAUGGCUUAGUAAUAGAUACUCAGUAUGUCACCAACCAGUGACUGGCCCUAUGUUCUAAUGGACAACUUUCACCCCUCUCCCCAUAGCUCACAAUCCACAACUGCCUAAUUGUUAUCCGUGACCAUCUACAUAGAAUUUUUGCAAUAUCUGUCAUUAUGUCCAUAAUACUCUGUUGUUGUGUAUUAUUCUACAUUCUUAUGACAAAAAUAUAAGAUGUAAAUAACCCUGUU